AUGCAAGGCGGCUCUGCGCAGGAGUCGCAGACACAAAAAGAGAUCUUGAACAUCCAUCCACCAGGUGGCGAUGAUAAACACAAACACUUUCCGCCAACCCAGCUAAAGCAACAUGGCAGCGCGCAGUGAGCCAGUCCGUGGAUAAGCGAAGCACAUAGUGAAUGUGUUUGAGGAAUUGAAAAUAGUGCAAAUUCAUUCAGACUGUCAGUUAUUAAAUAUAUUUUUAAACAGAUGUGGUUAUGUCUGUAAUUUGCAAAGACACGAGAGGAUGGCUUGUGGAUCAACUUUCUCACUUAAACAUGGCUUUCCAGCAAUGCGUUUCAGUUAAAAGUCCUGGACAGAAACAACAUCUGAAAUGUGUUUUUAAGCGAGAAUAUUUCAAUAUUUUUAAACCUCAUAUUAUUUCAAAGUUUUGUAGCAAUAGUAACGUUACUGCAAGUAGUAACAUUGCUGCACAGGAAGGAGAGGGAAAUAAUGAUGGGACCUUUGAAACGGUCGGAGAGGAACAAUUUUCACUGAAAAAGAAACGGAAGCGAAAACUGAGGGAACUUAACCAAGGGGAAAUAGAUUCCUAUGAAUAUCAUGCAAAGGUAAGUAAAAGUGUAUUAGAGGGCACCAAACUUUUGGUCGAUAAAGGCUUUGAACAUGGUAUUCUAGAUCCUUCAGCAACAGGAAGGGACAGUGAAAGGCUUGCUUUGGGAGUUGAUGACAACCGUCUGGCAGAUCUUUGUGAAAUGGCAAAACAGCUCCCAUUAGUGGGUGACAAUGAGGAUAAAGCUGUGCAGAUAAUAAGCGAGGAUGACAUGACCUCCACAGAAGAUCUGGAUCUCUUUUCAUAUGUAACAGAAAACAGUUCAGACUGUGCAAGACUGGUAACCUUAAUGGGACAGGAAUAUCUCAUUCCCCCACGCAGCAGCUUCCUCCUUGCUGAUAUAUCUUGUAUCCAGCCACUUGUAAAAUAUAAUAAAACAUAUGAUGUCAUUGUUUUAGACCCCCCUUGGGAAAACAAGUCAGUCAAAAGGAGUAACAGGUACAACUCCCUUCCCUCCUAUCAAAUCAAGCAAAUUCCUAUUCCAAGUCUGGCAGCUCCAGAUUGCCUUGUGGUCACAUGGGUAACCAACAGGCAGAAACACUUGCAGUUUGUAAAGGAAGAGCUGUACCCUUAUUGGUCUAUUGAAGUGCUUGCCGAGUGGCAAUGGGUGAAGAUCACAAAAUCAGGAGAAUUUGUAUUUCCAUUGGAAUCUCCACACAAAAAACCAUAUGAAAUCUUGGUGUUGGGAAGAUACCAGAAAAUUAAAGAUAAAUCACCCAGCACAUUAGAGGUCAAAACAAACACUUUUCCAGAUUGCAAGUUAAUUGUCAGUGUUCCCUCCACCCUUCAUUCACAAAAACCUUCACUGGCAGAUGUACUGAAAGAAUUUGUUGAUCCUGAAGCAAAGUGCUUGGAGUUAUUUGCACGCAACCUUCAGCCUGGUUGGACAAGUUGGGGGAAUGAAGUCCUUAAGUUCCAGCACUUGAGUUACUUUAAUAUUGAGGCGACAUGGUAGGAUCCCCUUACAUGAUGCCAUUUGAAGCACCGGCCAUUUGAAGCACCGGCUGAUUUUCAGACCUAAACCUUUUUGUUUAUUUUAUUUAUUUAUUUAUUUUUUUAAUAACACAUGCAGCAACCAAGGGAUUAAGUAUAUAUGACUGCUUUUAAUAAAACAAAGACAUGGCAUUAAUACAUGGAACACAUAACCCAGGAGGGCAGCAUAUACUCAACAGAUUUAAUUUAGAAUCAGUUUAUACCACUGGAUCAACUUUUUUUUUUUUUAAAAAAAACAACAUUCCUCUCAAUUAAAAUGUCAGAUUUUGGAAUUAAAGUUGAAAAGGGUACAGUGUCUCUGAGUUUACAUACAUUUAUUUUGAGGCGAAAUGCAACAGUUACACGCACACACGUGCAAACACCCAGUCAUUAGUAAAAGUUAACUGAUGAAUUGUCCUUAAUAUAAUGCAUAUGUUUAAAUACACUCUAAUAGAGAAUACAUGUAUUUUGGCUGACCUGAAAAAAAUGAAAAUAAGCAACACCUACGCUUAUACUGCUCUUAUAUUUGACAGUAAGUACAUAUCAGAAACCUCUCAGUUCAGCUGCAGGUCUCUAGAGCCCCUCUGACAGCUGCGUCCUUUCUGUUUUUGAUAACAUGCUGUGUGUAACAUCAUAUGGAUCAUUGGCUUUAAGAGAUACCUGAAAAAAAAUGAAUGCCAUAUUUAUUUGCAGUAUUUUUUUGUUUGUUUUUAUAUCUAUAGUACCUGGAAUACAGCAGUCAUUCUUUUAUGCCAGAAACUGACAAUUGACUUAAUUUAUAUCUACUGUAACAGUUCAAUACAUGGAGUUUAAAAAAAACAAAACAAAAUGCAGUCCUAAGAAAUCUAAUAAUACACGUAAACAACAAUUGUUUGGUAUCCCAGCACUUUACUGAUCUAAUGAGAAUUCCAUGACUCUUUCAGGCAACCUGUCAGAAAGCUUUAUGAGGACGAAUUACAUUUGCUUCAGAGCAAUUUAAAAUUAAUGAAUCCAGAGAUGUGAGGCUGCUGGAUAAUUUAGCACUAAACAUUUAUAAGCCUUCCUUAGGAUUCUUUGUUGGCAAGGUUUGUUGUGUGUCAAUCUGUGAAGAGGUUUAAUGUAUCCUGGUCAUGUUUGCCUGAGAAGCAGAAAUCUAAACAAUAUUGAACACUUUACGGAUUCAAUUAAAAACAGACAUAUCCAUUCUGAUUGGACACCCCUCAAGAGUAUUUGCUUAUUUCCCAAUACUCUAAGUUAAGUUGGAAUAGUACCUCACCCUUUAAUUGCACCGGAUGUUUGUUGUUUCAGAAUUCAUUCAUGCAUACAAAUUUGACAGAUAAAACAAAGGAAAAGAAACAGGUGUCUGAAGACUUCUGGGAGAGGCACACAUAUCUAAGCCAGCAGCAAAGAAUAGCAUACAUGACUAUUGUAUAGUUCAUUAUAAAGGUGUUUAAAAUGUUAUGGUUAUUGUGUGUGUGUGUGUCCUUGUCGUGAAUUAAUCAUUUCUUAGAACUGUUUUUCUAGUUAUGUGUCUAUUGAUUAGAUGUAACUUUUAUCAUUUAUCUUAAUAAAAUCUAAAAACACUGUUGUUGACUUCAAAACUAGAAUGGACAAGGUUUUGAAGGUAAUUACAAAAUGAAAGAUGCUGAUAUAAGUACACAGUAGUGGUGCUUUUGUUUUCCUUUGUGUCCUUAAAACAAAACCAACAAAAAAUAUGAUUUGUAUGGUAUGACCAAAUUAACUGCACUGCUAAUUCCAUGUUUUCAAGGUGUUCUAAUGUUAGGUCAGAAAAAAUGAGGGACAGCGAUAAUAGAAGCAAAUUAAGAAUGUUUUAAAGUAUGGCAUGCAACAAGGGCUAGUGGAUGUUUUUGUUUUUCUCGUUUUCCUUAUAGACUAGCAAUUUGUAAAAGUAGAGACACUGCUUAUAAAGGUUGCAUCAAUAAUAGAUGUUCAGAGCUUAUUUUACAUGGAGACGGAAUCAGUUUCAUAUGUUGCUCCUUGAAAAUAAUUUAGAUUUUUUGUACUUGGGAGAAAAAGACUGUUGCGUUUGUCAGAAAACCUAUAAAGCAACUCCCCUGGAGGCUGUUGGCAUGUGGAAUGUACACAGCUUUUUUGAAGGUUUUAUUAAAUGAUAAUAACCUUUGGAAAAGAAGUGAAAAAAAGCAGGCUCUGAAAAUAAGUCAAUCACACAGCUGUUCCUUACAAUUUCAAAUUCAAUUAUGAUUAAUAACAGUGUUCUCCACUGCUUUGUCACUUUUAUCAUCAAGUAAUUUAUGUAAUGUGAUCCAGCCUUUAAAUGUAAAUGUUUUCAUAAAAAAGGGUAUUUAUCACAAGACCAUAUGAUGACACUUCGGGAUUUACUUUAUUGACAAUCCAAGCUAAAAAAAAAAUUACUAAUUAGGAUCAUUAGGAACCAAGCUCUUAGUUUUGAUACAACAAAUCAAUCUAAACUUCAAUUGGUCCAAGAUGCAAUACUGAUGUAUUCUACAAAUUCAACGAGAAUACUAUAGCAUUCCAUUCCUUUGCAGGAUUAUUUGUCUUAGCAACAGGGACAUUUAUUUGCAAUGUGUCCAGAGAUCUUGGACUGUGCAUUGCCAGUUAUUAUACAGUAGCAGAGAAAAUCUGAAAGCUACAUUAAUUGAUGCUGAAUACGUUUCCAGUUUGCUGUUUCUUUUUUUAACCAAUUGUGUGUUUCUUCUUCUGUAUUGUAUUGUAGCCAUACAUAUUAAUCAUGUUGUUGUACUUAGAUGUGCAGCUCUUUUAGAUUAGUUGAAUACUCACUCUCCUGUGUUAACUUAGAAAAGGAUAAUGCGAGGUUACCGUGUUUACUAAAUCAAUGCAAAACCUAGAUAACGUGAAAGACAAUUGGACACUUGCCUUUACAUCAAUCGAGAGAAAACCACCUAGGCUUUAUUGUAUGACACAAAAAUCAUCUGUCUUUGUGAUGCAGACUGGCAAACCAAAAUCCUCAUUAUCAUUCAUAGACAUGAUCUUCCGAUUCAGGUUUCCAAGAAAGCAUUUGCAAGACUUUAUUUUUGGUUUUGUUUUGUUUCAGUUUACAUUAAAUUAGACGUGUAGUCUUUGUUUGCACCAACUGUAAAAGACAUCUAGCAUGAGUCCAAAUUCCUGCAAAAGAAAACAGCCACAAAAUGUAUUUGUUUUCAACCAAUUCACAUAGUUGGUUUAACAUGUUAUUUUAAAGUUGUAUUUGGAGGUCAGAAUAUAACUCUGUCAAGGUCAUAGCACUAUUUGUAUUGCUGUAUGUUACUGUCAGCAAGCAGGUUUUAUUGAAGUGGCAGGUCAUCUAUCAAUAUAACAAGAGUCUGCAACGAUCCCUGUGGCACAACCUAUUGUCAAUAUAAAUUUGCGAAGAACACAUGUUCUUAUUAACCUCUACUGUUCUAUACAAAGGACAGCUCAACAAGUCCCAUAAUGAGAGUAUUGCGUAUGAUUGGGACAGUGACCUGCCUAUGGGAUUGAUCUGCUACUUAGAAAGAAAGACAUGGAGUUUUAGGAUAAACCACAGAGAAUGUCCUGUAAUGUACAAUAACAAUUGUGAUGUUCUAACAUGGCAUAUCUGUAUACAAUCUAAUUACAUUAAUUGUCAGGUUUUAUUUUAAUUUACUGCUGCAUAA